AUGUUUCAACAGCAGCAUCCCUUGUCUUUAGGGUCUUAUGCAAGGUUGCAUGGCACCCCAUUUAGUGUAAGCUUGACUUUCAGGCAACAAUUGUCCCUGUAUGCAAAGAAGGGGGAAGCAGCACAGUAGUUUCUCUUUGGCAACAUGCAUAGUGGUUUGGCAGCCCUGUUGAGGGCCAAGUGAUUUACUCACUUCACUAUGGAGUUACAGUGACGGAAAUAACUAUUUGAUCCCCUGCUGAUUUUGUACGUUUGCCCACUGACAAAUAAAUAAUCAGUCUAUAAUUUUAAUGGUUUAUUUGAACAGUGAGAGACAGAAUAACAACAACAAAAUCCAGAAAAACGCAUGUCAAAAAUGUUAUAAAUUGAUUUGCAUUUUAAUGAGGGAAAUAAGUAUUUGACCCCCUCUCAAUCAGAAAGAUUUCUGGCUCCCAGGUGUCUUUUAUACAGGUAACGAGCUGAGAUUAUGCUCCUAAUCUCAGUUUGUUACCUGUAUAAAAGACACCUGUCCACAGAAGCAAUCAAUCAAUCAGAUUCCAAACUCUCCACCAUGGCCAAGACCAAAGAGCUCUCCAAGGAUGUCAGGGACGAGAUUGUAGACCUAUACAAGGCUGGAAUGGGCUACAAGACCAUCGCCAAGCAGCUUGGUGAGAAGGUGACAACAGUUGGUGCGAUUAUUCUGAAAUGGAAGAAACACAAAAUAACUGUCAAUCUCCCUCGGCCUGGGGCUCCAUGCAAGAUCUCACCUCGUGGAGUUGCAAUGAUCAUGAGAACGGUGAGGAAUCAGCCCAGAACUACACGGGAGGAUCUUGUCAAUGAUCUCAAGGCAGCUGGGACCAUAGUCACCAAGAAAACAAUUGGUAACACACUACGCCGUGAAGGACUGAAAUCCUGCAGCGCCCGCAAGGUCCCCCUGCUCAAGAAAGCACACAUACAGGCCCGUCUGAAGUUUGCCAAUGAACAUCUGAAUGAUUCAGAGGAGAACUGAGUGAAAGUGUUGUGGUCAGAUGAGACCAAAAUGGAGCUCUUUGGCAUCAACUCAACUUGCCGUGUUUGGAGGAGGAGGAAUGCUGCCUAUGACCCCAAGAACACCAUCCCCACCGUCAAACAUGGAGGUGGAAACAUUAUGCUUUGGGGGUGUUUUUAUGCUAAGGGGACAGGACAACUUCACCGCAUCAAAGGGACGAUGGACGGCGCCAUGUACCGUCAAAUCUUGGGUGAGAACCUCCUUCCCUCAGCCAGGGCAUUGAAAAUGGGUCAUGGAUGGGUAUUCCAGCAUGACAAUGACCCAAAACACACGGCCAAGGCAACAUAGGAGUGGCUCAAGAAGAAGCACAUUAAGGUCCUGGAGUGGCCCAGCCAGUCUCCAGACCUUAAUCCCAUAGAAAAUCUGUGGAGGGAGCUGAAGGUUGCCAAACGUCAGGCUCGAAACCUUAAUGACUUGGAGAAGAUCUGCAAAGAGGAGUGGGACAAAAUCCCUCCUGAGAUGUGUGCAAACCUGGUAGCCAACUACAAGAAACGUCUGACCUCUGUGAUUGCCAACAAGGGUUUUUCCACCAAGUACUAAGUCAUGUUUUGCAGAGGGGUCAAAUACUUAUUUCCCUCAUUAAAAUGCAAAUCAAUUUAGAACAUUUUUGACAUGCGUUUUUCUGGAUUUUUGUUGUUGUUAUUCUGUCUCUCACUGUUCAAAUAAACCUACCAUUAAAAUUAUAGACUGAUCAUGUCUUUGUCAGUGGGCAAACGUACCAAAUCAGCAGGGGAUCAAAUACUUUUUUCCCUCACUGUAUAUAUCAGAUGUGUGUUCAUGUCUUUGAUGAAUAAGGGAAGUAGGCAUUCUCAUUACCUCACACCAUUUAACUAGUUCGUUGGCUGACACGGAUCGCAAGCUCUAAUACUGUUUCUUCCCUCUUUGCAGCAAUAUGUUUCUCGAGCCGUGAAAAGCACUUCUGUAUCUUGAGCUCAUUAUUUUCUCCAGUUGGCACACAGCAAAUGCCAUUGAGUGUUUGUGUCCGUUGUUUGCUGUCUUUGUUACACUUUUCAUCAAGCUUGACCAUUUGAGACCUUGCAUUGUGUGAGCCUGAGGCUCAGUGAAAUCAAAUUAAGCAUGCAUUGCUUAUGUCUGUGUGCAGGUGUACUUGUUGAAUCCUCUGGAGAACCUGAGGAGCUACAUCAAUAACCGUCCACCGCUGGUCAUCAUUAUGGUCAGCGUCAGCACCGUGGCCAUUGCCUUCCUCACCAUCGGCUACUUCUUUAAGAUCAAGGCGAUCAAAUCCCCAGAGAUGACUGAGGUAGGAGGGAUACUCGCCUCCCACUGGUACAUCAAAGUUGGCGUUAUUAUAUGAACACAGACAAAACCCAUGGAGCAGGAGGAUUCCUGAAGCUGAACUAUACCUGGCUGUCCAUGCAUCAAAGUUAUUGGCUCAUUUAGCAAAGCUCAUUUAAUGAAUUGUGAUGUGAUCAUCACAAUUAACUUAAUCAUACUAUUGGUGAUGAUUACUUUCAAAAAUAGUCAACAGCCAUAUACUUUGCUAAUCAAGACCAGAACCAUAGAUGGAUGUAUGACUCUGUCCCCUCUCAUUAUAGUAGUCCUGUGUAGCUCAGUUGGUAGAGCAUGGCGUUUGCAACGCCAGGGUUGUGGGUUCGUUUCCCACGGGGGACCAGUAUGAAAAAAAAAAAAAUUAUGCACUAAUUGUAAGUCGCUCUGGAUAAGAGCGUCUGCUAAAUGACUAUAAUAAUAAUGUAAUUAUUUUCCAGGAUUGGAACACCUUCCUGCUGCGCUUCAACGAGAUAGACUUCUGCGUGUCGGAGAACGAGACGCUCAAGCACAGCCUGAAUGAGUCAACCACGCCGGAGAGCAUGGUGACCAGCACCCAGGCCCCGCUGCUGCUGGAGGAUCCGGGCCCCAUCAACAUUUCUGUGCCCAUCACCCUCACCCUGGACCCACUGAGGCCCUUCGGGGGCUACUCGCGCAACAUCACCCACCUCUACGCCACCGUGCUGGGGGGGCAGGUCGGCCUGGCCGGUGAGUCCACUUGCUGCUUUAGUCCCUACUUCCUAAAUAUGGUACGGUAGCUGUGUCCGAAUACCCAUACUAGCAUACUACAUACUUAAACUGCAUACUAUGUACUCAUCGUCGCGUAAUAUUUAGCACGUACCAUUUAGUAAGAAGUAUGCCACGGGCCGCAACGCAGUAGCGGCUCCUGACUGGCUGAGUAGGUGGGGCAGUCUAAUACACACAAACUUUUCAAAUCAAAAGGCUAUUGCACAGAAAAAGUGGACAGUCGGGUGCAUCGCAAAUUCAGAACCGCUGGACAGCAACAUAAUAAACUAAAGCACUGAUCUUUGGGAACGAGAUCAGAAUGACUGCAAAGGCUUGAUCCAUACAUUUAAAUAGGUAGCCUAGACUACAAAACUAAAACAAUCCAUAUGUUCAAAUCAAAAGGCAUGAUUAACAUGACAUAACGCAGCCACAUCCCGAGUCCCUGGUGCCGACACAUUCAGAAAUCAAAAGAUGAUUUAGUAUUUAGUUUAAAAGCUCUGCCAAAGGCCAAGAGAAGAAGAAACACUUUUCAGUGAGAACAGAAAUCCACUUUGGGUAAAACACAUUUUUUUUUCUGAAGACUUCUCUUUUCAAAGAUGUAACCUACGAUGCAAUAGGCUACUCGUGAUCACCUACUUAGCCUACAUUUGAACACCACCGCAGAAGCUUCGCUAUUUGGUAUCUUCCCAGUUAAGUAGCCUAGUUUUGUUAUUUGGCUACUUGAAGAGAACUAGGGUUUAUCGCUCACAGCCCACCUCUUCCAAUGCUUUGUGUAAAAGUGUGCAUCGAAUUUUACUAGAUGAAGAGCCGAAAUUCGUAUAACAUCCUGGCAUUUAAACCAUACUUUAUUUUUGAAAAUUCUAAUACUAUAAAACAUUCUAUUUUUGCAUACUUAAAAUGCGUCAUGCGCGAUUGCGUUGUUUCCCGCUAUUCGUUAAUGACUGUAGCGCAUCCCCAUAUCUAAUUGAUCAGCUGUUGUCAAAACUAAAAUGAAUAUGACAUCUGGGCAUUUUAAGUGUACUAGAUUUUUCAAAUGUCGUAUACUCUUAAACGGCCUACUAUUUAGGACGCAAGUAUUGGUUUUCGGACACUGCCAUUGUCUAUGUAUAUUCACCUUUUUCACAUAAGGAUUAUGAGAAAGGGCACCAGCCAAAUGCCUUCUCCAUGCAUAUCACCUGUAUGCUAGUAUUUGCAUGGGCAUAGCAGGCCAGUCUCAAAGCUGUCUGACUGUUUGAAUAUGUAUGUUUGCAGUCAGUGUUUUUUUCCCAGAAAUGUACUUUACAUGUGAAUUGAUUGACAGAUAUAUUGCUGGAGGGUAUAUGGGCUGUUGCAGGGCAGAUGUUAAGUCAUAUUCCUUACAGUGGAGCUCAUGUAACUUGCACAAUCUUUACAUUACCAACCGUGAAGCUGUUUUACCUGUGAGUAUUAUUGUUAUUUAAAAUUACCUUUUACCCUUUUUUCUCCCCAAUUUCGUGAUACCAAUUGGUAGUUAGUCUUGUCCCAUCGCUGCAACUCCCGUACGGACUCGGGAGAAGCAAAGGUCGAGAGCCAUGCGUUCUCCGAAACACGAACCUGCCAAGCCACACUGCUUCUUGACACACUGCUCGCUUAACCCGGAAGCCAGCCGCACCAAUGUGUCGGAGGAAACACUGUACAACUGGCGACCGUGUCAGCGUGCAAUAUGCCCGGCACGCCACAGGAGUCGCUAGAGCGCGAUGGGACAAGGACAUCCUGGCAGGCCAAACCCUCCCCAAAUGACACUGGGCCAAUAGUGCGCCGCCUCAUGUGUCUCCCGGUCGCGGCCGGCUGCGACACUGCCUGGGAUCGAACCCGGAUCUGUAGUGACGCCUCUAGCACUGCGAUGCAGUGCCUUAGACCCCUGCGCCACUCGGGAGAGUACUUGUCAGAGUACUUAUAAAUGUAUGUGUGCCCGUGUGUGUUUCCUCAAAGGCAGGGAAGCUCAUGAGGAGAUGAACAUCACAUUCACGCUGCCGGCGUCAUGGAAUUCUGACGAGUGCGUGCUGCACGGCCACUGUGAGCAAGUGGUGUUUAGCACCUGUAUGACCGUCACUGCUGCCAGCAACGUCUUCCCUGUCACAGUGUGAGUGCCACUGAGCCGUGAAUUGCAAUGCAUCCAUAUACUCAAUUAUCUGUAUCUUUGUUUCAUUAUUUCAUGACUAGGCCUGUAUUUGAAAGUCAAUGCUGGACUUGAAUGUAGGAAGUAUUGUAGUACGUGCAGUGAAAUAUUAAAAUGACUUUUGACAUUGGAAUAAGACUGAUGGGUAUCAGUCAAUUGCUCAUGACUGUGAAUAACCUCACGUCAGUAACAUCGUGACAACUAAGUGCACACUGUUAGUAGAUUGUUAGUAGAAUAUUAGUGUUUUCGGCCAUCGGCUAAAUAGCAGUUGAGACUCAUUGUAAGCUGGCUACUUGUUCCACUUCAUAAAUCAACCAGGCUUCUUUUCAUUUAAACGUUUCAAUUUGCUGGUCAGAAAAAUCUGUAUGGCCUUCUCCCGUUAGAAUGAACGAUAUGAGUCUUCUAGUGAUCUAUUGAAAGGACAGGCACCUUACAGUCUUAUUCUAAAAUAGAUUAAAUCGUUUUUUCCCCUCCAUCAAUCUACAAACAAUACCCCAUAAUGACAAAGCAAUAACAGGUUUUUAUACAUUUUUGCGAAUGUAUAAAAAUAAAUAACUGAAAUCACAUUUACAUGAGUAUUCAGACCCUUUACUCAGUACUUUGAAGCAUCUUUGGCAGCGAUUACAGCCUUGAGUCUUCUUAGGUAUGACGCUACAAGCUUGGCACACCUGUAUUUGGGGAGUUUCUCCCAUUCUUCUCUGCAGAUCCUCUCAAGCUCUGUCAGGUUGGAUGGGGAGCGUCGCUGCACAGUUUUCAUGUCUCUCCAGAGAUGUUCGAUCGGGUUCAAGUCCGUGCUCUGGCUGUGCCACUCAAGGACCUUCAGAUACUUGUCCCGAAGCCACUCCUGAGUUGUCUUGGCUGUGUGCUUAGAGUCAUUGCCCUGUUGGAAGGUGAACCUUCGCCCCAGUCUGAGGUCCUGAGCGCUCUGGAGCAGGUUUUCAUCAAGGAUCUCUCUGUACUUUGCUCCGUUCAUCUUUCCCUCGAUCCUGACUAGUCUCCCAAUCCCUGCCGCUGAAAAACAUCCCCAUAGCAUGAUGCUGACACCACAAUGCUUCACCGUAGGGAUGGUGCCAGGUUUCCUCCAGACGUGACUCUUGGCAUUCAGGCCAAAGAAUUCAAUCUUGGUUCUCAUGGUCUGAGAGUCCAUUUGGGAAACUCCAAGCAGGCUGUCAUGUGCCUGUUACUGAGGAGUGGCUUCCGUCUGGCCACUCUACCAUAAAGGCCUGAUUGGUGAAGUGCUACAGAGAUGGUUGUUCUUCUGGAAGGUUCUCCCAUCUCCACAGAGGAACUCUGAAGCUCUGUCAGAGUGACCAUCGGGUUCUUGGUCACCUCCCUGACCAAGGCCCUUCUCCCCCAAUUGCUCAGUGUGGCCGGCUUUAGGAAGAGUCUUGGUGGUUACAAACUGCUUCCAUUUAGGAAUGAUGGAGGCCUCUGUGUUCUUGGGGACCUUCAAUGCUGCAGAAAUGUUUGGUACCCUUCCCCAGAUCUGUGUCUCGACACAAUCCUGUCUCGGAGCUCUAUGGACAAUUCCUUCGACCUCAUGCCUUGGUUUUCUCUCUGACGUGCACUGUCAACUGUGGGACCUUGUAUAGACAGGUUUGUGCCUUUCCAAAUCAUGUCCAAUCAAUUGAAUUUACCACAGGUGGACCAAUCAAGUGGUAGAAAUAUCUCAAGGAUGAUCAAUUGAAACAGGUUGCACCUGAGCUCAAUUUCGAGUCUCAUAGCAAAGGGUCUGAAUACUUAUGUAAAAAAGUUUUUGUUUUAGUUUUUUACAACAUUUCUUAACCUGUUUUCGCUUUGUCAUUAUGGGGUGUUGUGUGUAGAUUGAGGGGAAAAAAAAUUAUUUAAUCCAUUUUAGAAUAAGGCUGUAACCUAAGAAAAUGUGGAAAAAGUCAACGGGUCUGAAUACUUUCCGAAUGCACUGUAAGUGGUAACGAGAGUUGAAAUCCACAUAAUUAUAGUUUUUUGUCACAUUCCCGUUUUUCUUUUGCGUGUUUCAUAAGCCUAUACAACCUCAGUCUGGGCGCAUAGGAUAUUUACUGUGCUUUGAUUGACGACUGAACAGCAAGUGUUGACUAGUUUUAUAAAAGGUGUCGAAUUCAGCAUUUAAAAAACAAUUUUCCUGCAAUCUUUAUAUUGUUUCUCAAUGGGAAUCCAUGUUUACUUGACAGAACAACCGUUUACAACCAUUUGUUUUCUAAGGGUUUUGCAACAAACUAAAUUGAAAGAGUAGACUAGAUUUAGCUUUUGCCACAAUAAAUUCAAAUUGAUAGAGUACACUAGACACAUUAGUACACUGACUAGAUUAGUAAUCUACCGCCUUCUCUCAGUCUCACCCACAGUGAUUGAUUGACAGGUCUGAAACCCUACCAACUCUGACUCACAAACAUCCUGCCCCCUCCCCUGACAAUCCCACCCACAGUGAUUUAUUGACAGGUCUGAAACCCUACCAACUCUGACUCACAAACAUCCUGCCCCCUCCCCUGACAAUCCCACCCACAGUGAUUGAUUGACAGGCCAAACUGUUAAAGGGACAGUUCACCCAAAUUACAAAAUUACACAUAGGGUAAGGAAACCAGUGUCCACAGCAGCAGAGCCAAUAAAAUACAUAAUUUGAAGAACAAACAUAAUUGUGGCAAUUCAUAUCUUGCAGUAAAACUGUAAAUAUGACUAAUCUCAGAAGACUGGUUUAAUGUUAAAGGUUCUUACUUAGAAAAUAUACCAGAGGGGUAUACUACAAAGCAGGUUCAAGGAGUUAGGCAGAUAACUAGCCUAAAUAUUCUGAAAUAACUUUUAUAUAUUUUUUAGAAAGAUAAGCUUGAAAUGGGCAUUCACAUAUCUUAGUUUAGCUUUUUUUAAUGAACCGGAAAAUCAACUAUUAUUUCUGACUAUUUAUAAAAGUUAGCUGGCCAGCUUAUUGAACCUGCUUUGUAUUAUAGCCCUCUGAUCAUAUAGACCAUAUUCAAAACAACUAAGACCACACUAAAUAUAUACAUUUUCAGUAAUUUUAAUUGUAAAGUAAUGUCUUUCUACUCAAUACCACAACUAAUUUUACCAAUCUGGGAGUUAAAGUUGUUAAGAGUAUUCAAUAAUUUAGCUGUGUAUUUUGGAUGGAAUCAAGGCAUUAGAAUGUACCAGAGGCCACCGAAAUAGAGCUCGUCCUGCAAUUUUUUGCUGAACCCCACCCCCAGUCUGUAACUCCCUGGCUGGCUACUUUUUCUAUUUGGCUGGCUACUACUCCAUGUAUUAACGGAAACAAAUGGAAUAUCAGUUGUCCUACGGUCCAAGGCUACAUUUGUAUUAAAUUGAGCUUUAUCAAACUCAAUACUAAGCAUUGGUGCAAAACGUCAUGGUCCAAACAGAAUAGUCUUAACGCAGGACCCAGAGAUUUUCCAUGACCCCGUAACCUGACCGUAACAAAAUAGAAUGGAACAGGGCCCGGUAUUAAAGUGUAUUAAAUGUUGCCUUCCAGGCAGCCGCCCCACUGCAUCCCAGAGAUGUACAGCAACGCCACGUCCUGGUACAAGAUCUUCACCACGGCUCGCGACUCGGACACCAAGUACACGCAGGACUACAACCCUUUCUGGUGUUACAAAGGAGCCAUCGGGAAGGUGUACCACGCCCUCAACCCCAAGCUGACUGUCAUCGUGCCAGACGUGAGUCAGCAGCCACUGUCUGCAGCAGUGGUACUUUAUGUCCCAAAUGGCACUGUAUGCUCUAUAAAGUGCACUGCUUUUGACAAGAGCCAUAUGGGUGCCAGUUCAGACACAGCAUGUAUCUGUGGGUGACCUGGCUGAGGGUUUAAAAUGUUUUUUGUUUUUUUGAAUGGAGCCUUAAAUUUGAGGUGUGUGUGUUUCUACAGUGGAAAACAACUUUAUGUACACUACCGCUCAAAAAUGUGGGGUCACUUAGAAAUGUCCUUGUUUUCGAGAGAAAAGCAAUUUUUUGUCCAUUAAAAUAACAUCAAAUUGAUCAGAAAUACAGUGUAGACAUUGUUAAUGUUGUAAAUGGCUAUUGUAGCUGGAAAUGGCAGAUAAAAAAAUAAAUAAAUGGAAUAUCUACAUAGGCAUACAGAGGCCCAUUAUCAACAACCAUCAGUCCGGUGUUUCAAUGGCACGUAGUGUUUGCUAAUCCAAGUUGAUCAUUUUUAAAGGAAAAUUGAUCAUUAGAAAACCCUUUUGCAAUUAUGUUAGCACAGCUGAAAACUGUUGUGCUGAUUUAAAGAAACAAUAAAACUGGCCUUCUUGAGACUAGUUGAGUAUUUGGAGCAUCAGCAAUUGUGGGUUCGAUUACAGGCUCAAAAUGAACUUUCUUCUGAAACUCGUCAGUCUAUUCUUGUUCUGAGAAAUUAAUGCUUUUCCAUGUGAGAAAUUGCCAAGAAACUGAAGAUCUCGUACAACACUGUGUACUACUCCCUUCACAGAACAGCGCAAACUGGCUCUAACCAGAAUGGAAAGAGGAGUGGGAGGCCCCGGUGCACAACUGAGCAAGAGGACAAAUACAUUAGUGUCUAGUUUGAGAAACAGGCGCCUCACAGGUCCUCAACUGGCAGCUUCAUUAAAUAGUACCCGCAAAACACCAGUCUCAACGUCAACAGUGAAGAGGUGACUCCGGGAUGGUUGCUGAUAAUGGGCCUCUGUACGCCUAUGUAGAUAUUCCAUUAAAAAUCAGCAGUUUACAGAUACAAUAGCCAUUUACAACAUUAACAAUGUAUUUCUGAUCAAUUUGAUGUUAUUUUAAUGGACCAAAAAAUUGCUUUUCUUUCGAAAACAACAAUUUCUAAGUGACCCCAAACCUUUGAACGGUAGUGUACGUGAUGAUCAAAAUGAGUCCUUCAAGAAGAAGACAAGGACUGACUUGAACAUAGGCUCUAGUCUUGUUUUAUUAUGACUACAUGACUUCAUAUUAGGGAUUGGCAUAAGUAAUUGAGUACUCAAACGGACGUCAAAGCUCGAGCUUUAAGCAGCGAUAAAAUAUAAUUAUAAUACUGUAAAAUGAUUGAGUGGAAUGUGCUUUGUGGUUGCCCAAACGGGCAAGUGAAAUGUUGUCUUGAAGUAAACUUUAAUUUGCUUUGACUCUGGUGUUCCAUUUGUACAUGUGCAUUUGAGGGGCACAACAAAAAAGAAACCAAGCCAAGCAUCACACUGUUUUUCUCCCUAAAUUCUCGUUCUUCUCCCUAAAUUCCCUUUCCCGUCCUUGUCUCAUUCACUCAAUUGCGUUCUGACCGCUCCCAACACGUGUGCUGAGUGCACACACAAGCUCCCGUUAGGCCUACAGAAAUAAAUUGCUAUAAAAACAUAUCUAACUGAUGGGAUACACAAGCUACAUUCCUUUAUCACAAAUUCAAAAUGGACUGGUUGAUUUGAAGUAGGAACAUUUGUAACAACAACAAGCUGCAGUUUUGGAAUAAUUGUGUCCCGUCUGUUUUCCGCUUAAGCUACUUUGCGAACUGCUAGUGCCAUUUAGAAUUGGUUAGCCUAAGCUAGAAUCCCCCUAAACAUAGACAGGUUCCACACUGAAAAAAAACAAAAACAUUAGUUUGAUAAAGACAGUGUAUUAUCAUCAGAAUCAUUAAGCAUAUGCCUACUCACCAAACAGAAGUCGUGGCCAUAAUUCAUCACCAUGCAGUGAUCAAUGUGGAAUUGUUCAUCCAUUUUGAAAAUUCCGAAGAAUAGGCUGAAUAAACUAAAUUGAACGUCUCCAUAUCGAAAAGAAGAUAGAUUUUGGUUUGUAACCCAUACAAUUAUUUAAACUCUCCAAAUUGAGCACCGUUUCAAAUUAUCACUCUUUGAAAAUAACUUAUAGGCAAGAAAUGUGCAUCGAUUUGCACUGGCAACUUUUUUCAUUUGGAAAAAGAUGUUGUUCUAUUUCAUUCUGUUAUAUUAAAUAUUUUUUUACUAUAAAAUUGUGUCCUGACUGUGAUAAGGGUUUGGGAAAUUAGAGGGUCUUGUCUGCUAAGUUAACAAAACAAGGCUAUGCCAUUGCACAGCCAUAGGCUUCUACAAAAAAAAGUUAUGCUGAGGUUACUGCCUUUUUGAAGAUUGUGUUCCACGAUAUAAUAUGAGUUGAUAUUACGGUUUCAAUAAAUUAAUCUUAAUUGGCACUUUUUUACUCUGUGUGUAUGUGUGUUUAUGGGGCAAUUUAGGAUUUAUCUGUAAUGGUUAUACAUUUGGCAUUGUUGUGAUCUGUUGGAAUAUAGUUAACUGCGCACAAUCCUUUCCAGUGCGGGCCUUUUGUAUGUGUGUAUGUAUAUAUUUGUAUGUAUGUACAUGUACAGUGGGGAAAAAAAGUAUUUAGUCAGCCACCAAUUGUGCAAGUUCUCCCACUUAAAAAGAUGAGAGAGGCCUGUAAUAGGUACACGUCAACUAUGACAGACAAAUUGAGAAGAAAAAAAUCCAGAAAAUCACAUUGUAGGAUUUUAAAUGAAUUUAUUUGCAAAUUAUGGUGGAAAAUAAGUAUUUGGUCACCUACAAACAAGCAAGAUUUCUGGCUCUCACAGACCUGUAACUUCUUCUUUAAGAGGCUCCUCUGUCCUCCACUCGUUACCUGUAUUAAUGGCACCUGUUUGAACUUGUUAUCAGUAUAAAAGACACCUGUCCACAACCUCAAACAGUAACACUCCAAACUCCACUAUGGCCAAGACCAAAGAGCUGUCAAAGGACACCAGAAACAAAAUUGUAGACCUGCACCAGGCUGGGAAGACUGAAUCUGCAAUAGGUAAGCAGCUUGGUUUGAAGAAAUCAACUGUGGGAGCAAUUAUUAGGAAAUGGAAGACAUACAAGACCACUGAUAAUCUCCCUCGAUCGCAAGAUCUCACCCCGUGGGGUCAAAAUGAUCACAAGAACGGUGAGCAAAAAUCCCAGAACCACACGGGGGGACCUAGUGAAUGACCUGCAGAGAGCUGGGACCAAAGUAACAAAGCCUACCAUCAGUAACACACUACGCCGCUAGGGACUCAAAUCCUGCAGUGCCAGACGUGUCCCCCUGCUUAAGCCAGUAUAUGUGCAGGCCCGUCUGAAGUUUGCUAGAGUGCAUUUGUAUGAUCCAGAAGAGGAUUGGGAGAAUGUCAUAUGGUCAGAUGAAACCAAAAUAGAACUUUUGGGUAAAAACUGAACUCGUCGUGUUUGGAGGACAAAGAAUGCUGAGUUGCAUCCAAAGAACACCAUACCUACUGUGAAGCAUGGGGGUGGAAACAUCAUGCUUUGGGGCUGUUUUUCUGCAAAGGGACCAGGACGACUGAUCCGUGUAAAGGAAAGAAUGAAUGGGGCCAUGUAUCGUGAGAUUUUGAGUGAAAACCUCCUUCCAUCAGCAAGGGCAUUGAAGAUGAAACGUGGCUGGGUCUUUCAGCAUGACAAUGAUCCCAAACACACCGCCCGGGCAACGAAGGAGUGGCUUCGUAAGAAGCAUUUCAAGGUCCUGGAGUGGCCUAGCCAGUCUCCAGAUCUCAACCCCAUAGAAAAUCUUUGGGGGAGUUGAAAGUCCGUGUUGCCCAGCGACAGCCCCAAAACAUCACUGCUCUAGAGGAGAUCUGCAUGGAGGAAUGGGCCAAAAUACCAGCAACAGUGUGUGAAAACCUUGUGAAGACUUACAGAAAACGUUUGACCUGUGUCAUUGCCAACAAAGGGUAUAUAACAAAGUAUUGAGAAACUUUUGUUAUUGACCAAAUACUUAUUUUCCACCAUAAUUUGCAAAUAAAUUCAUUAAAAAUCCUACAAUGUGAUUUUCUGGAUUUUUUUUCCUCAUUUUGUCUGUCAUAGUUGACGUGUACCUAUGAUGACAAUUACAGGCCUCUCUCAUCUUUUUAAGUGGGAGAACUUGCACAAUUGGUGGCUGACUAAAUACUUUUUUUCCCCACGUGUGUGUGUGUGUGUAUAUAUAUAUAUAUAUAUAUAUAUAUAUAUAUAUAUAUAUAUAUUUCAUUUGAGUACUUCAUAUAUCAUGAAUGAGUGAUUUUUUUUUUUUUCUUCUUGUGUUUUCUCUCCAAUUAAAUGUUAUGCAUUCAAAAUGGCAACUGUAAAUCUAAAACCCCAAGUGCACAUUAGUUAAUAUGGUUCUAAAGACUAAUGUGCUUUUGCAAUAUUACACUAUUUGCAAUUCAAUUACAUUUGACUUUAACCUGAUUUGUCCUAGGGGAGCAGUAUGAUUAUUCAGUUACUAACCAGUUUUUCUAAAACAUUCUUUAUAUUGAAAUGACAGGAACAAUGCAUGGGGGUUGUGUUGGCUUUUGUGAUAGAUGAAAUGGCCAGUUUCCAAGUACACUAUUUGACGUCCUUAAUGAGAAAGUGUUUACCUGGCGCUAAGGAUAUUUGGCUCUCUUUGCAGGACGACCGCUCGCUCAUCAACCUGCACCUAAUGCACACCAGCUACUUCCUCUUUGUGAUGGUCAUCACCAUGUUCUGUUAUGCUGUCAUCAAGGGCCGGCCAGGGAAAGUACGGACAACAACCAAUCACGACUUCUGCCCUGAAAAGGUAGGUGUAGGGUGAAGUUGGCCUUAGACUGAUCUUGGGUCAGUUUAGCAUUUUCCUCACUAAUGGUUAAAGUUUGGGGAAAGGGAAGCUAAUCCUAGAUCUAUAUCUAGGGGAAACUAAACCCCGUCGCGAAAAAUGCAAUAUACAGCAAAACACAGCUAUUCGCCUUUGAUAUCGCAUUACAGGCAUUGUGAAAAGAUCUAGCUCAGACAAGUCUCUCAGGUAACAAUGUCUAGCCUUGUUUUGUUCACCAUCUGAAAACACUGAUUUCCAGGUGUCUGAUGUCCGUAUCCAUGAAAGAGCAUUCCUGAAAUGCCUGCGCACUAUGAAAAUCUGGUUGUUCCUGUUUUUACAGUUGACUCGGCUCUGUAUGGAAUUUCCACAACACUUUGUUAUUCAGGAUAACAUCCCCGGGGUUCUUAUUUGCACGCUGUGACGGACUAGUAGGUUAGAGGGAUGAUUCUGCAGUGGCAUGAAUUUCAUUUUUCUCUCCUCAGGUGGCCUUGUCAGAG